AAAAAAAAAAAAAAAAAGGUAUAUAAUGAGUUCGACGAAAAGCAAACAGUCGAUCGUCAAGGACAAGCAACACAGAUUCCAAACAUCAGAAGCCUAGCAAGACGAUAAACCUCGGUCACCAACUUGAAUAUAAUUCUCAUACUUCUAUUAAUUAUAUACACACUUGAAAAAACAAAGCCACCGAAACAAACGGCCAGAAAAGUCCUGCAAAAUGAUCGAGGCACUAGUCGUUUGCUUGCUCUUUAUCAUCGCCGUGGCGACCCUCUACUAUGCCUACGAGCAAGGUCAUCUGGACCCUUAUAUCGAGCAGGUUGGCACAUACUUGUUCAAGGCAAAGGCAAUGGCAGAGAAGAAAAGGCUACAAGCACAGGGUAUGAAGGCGGGGCAGGACUUUGUCGACUCUCAGCUGGCCGGGGCGCAGCAGGCCGACCAGGUCAAAGCAGGUGUGGGCGCCAUCGGUGGCCUCAAAAAGGGCUUUUAAAGGCAAGAAAACAAAAACAAAAAGAUAAAGCAUAAAACCCGCAAAGAAAAGAGGGGAAAAAAGAAUUAUGCCGAUGGUCUGUAAAACGAAAGCCAUUGUAGUGGUGGCAAAGACACACAGACUUAACACGACGCCACAACGAUCAAAGAGGUCAUCACACGCGGCAGGUUCAGAGUAGCGCAAAACAGUUGAGGCGCGGAGUCGGUCGGGACUGGCUGAGCGACCGGUGCCAACCCGACUCACGGGAACGGGUGCUUUGUUGGAGGUUGUACAGAAGAGGCAGGGACGGAUGAACCUACCUUCAGGGUUCGGUCGGAUUUUUGCAUCGAAUAAGUGUUUAAUGUCGGAUGAUCAUGAAUCGGGGAGGGAGGUAUUCUGGUUGUUUUUCUAUGUAAUUUUAUUCAUGCAGCAUCAAUGGGGCGUGAUAACGGGGACAGGAGAAUUCUUUUUGUUAAUCGCCCGCCCGAGAGGCAUGUUGCUUCCGCCUUCCCCGUGCAGAAACACACGUGCGAAUUAAACCAAGGGAUAUGAAUUAGUACGGUCCCGUAAAACUCGA